AUGAUCAAUUAUCCGUCCAUUUACAGUGCCUUGGCUGCCUCCAGUAUCCUCGGGUACUAUUGCUCCUCUGACGUUCCAGUGGGCCUUAAACGACCAUAUUCCAACGAAACGUUCUUCGACACCUGGUCAUACCAACUUGGAGAAUAUGCAAGCAAAGUUGCAUACAACUGGCGACAUAGUGCAUUGAUACCAUGGGGAGACGUCAGCAGUGCGUGGUAUCCAGUCGAGCUGUAUCGCAAGCUCUUAUCGGAAGCGGAUGAUCACAGUGUGACAAUUGCCAGCAUUGGAUUCCUCGACAAUCUCUCUGAGCUUCUUUCAUCUCCGGGUGAUAUAUACUCACCACUCUCGGGGCAUGACCUGGUAAAGGCCAAGGUGGAAGAGCUUGUCAUCAUGGGCGGAGCAUACCCAUGCGGAUAUGAGUACAAUUUCUACGGCAACAAUUCUACCGCAACUGCUCAUGUGGUAAACACUUGGCCGGGGCCCAUGACAUUUUCUGGGAGUGAACUUGGGGUGACCGUCUACUCGGGGGCACGGUUGACCGUAGAGGGACCUGUUGGUGAUCCAGUCAAAGCAGCCUAUCGCUGGUACACCGGAUACAACACGUCUCGGAGUUCAUGGGAUCCCCUUACUGUGCUUUAUGCCAUCGAGGGAAGAGGUAAGAUGUUUGCAUAUGCAGAUGAAAGAGGACAUAACUAUGUUUACCCAGACGGUAGAAAUGAAUGGCUGCCGGGUAACCCUUUGUAUCCGCAGAGAUACCUGAAGCUGCGAAUGUCUGAAACACAAGCUGGCGACUUUUUGGACGAUUUUUACCUUGACACGGCGAAAAGAGCUGCACGGAGGAGCUUAGCGAAAGGGAAUUUAGGCAACGACAUCAAAUUCCAACACCAACCAAGACAGGCGGAGACUCGGUCCGAUCACGACAGAGGGUCCGGCAAGGCUGUCCCGUUUCAUACCCUCCAGGAUUACUGUUCCAAUCGCUGGCUCAUAUCUGUAUUUUCGACCUUCCAAAUUCCCUAUCCAUUCUUUCGGAAAAAAAUGCAGCUUCUCCAGUCUUCCGUCCUUGCCGCUACUGUUGGCGCUGCGCUGGUCGCCGCAGUCCCAGUACCUGAGCUUGAAGCCCGCGACUCUUGUACUUUCACCUCGGCUGCUGACGCCAAGUCGGGCAAGGCCUCUUGCUCGACCAUCACUCUUAGCAACAUCGAGGUUCCCGCUGGUGAAACCCUUGACCUGACGGACCUCAAUGAGGGUACUACUGUCAUCUUCUCUGGUGAAACUACCUUCGGCUACAAGGAGUGGGAGGGCCCUCUCAUUUCCGUGUCCGGAACCAACAUCAAGGUCCAACAGGAAUCCGGUGCCAAGAUUGACGGAGACGGAGCCCGCUGGUGGGAUGGAAAGGGUGGCAAUGGUGGAAAGACCAAGCCCAAGUUCUUCUCUGCCCACAAGCUGGACUCCUCUUCUAUCACCGGCCUCAAGAUCUACAACACCCCCGUCCAGGGCUUCAGCAUCCAGUCGGACAACCUGAACAUCACUGAUGUGACCAUCGAUAACUCCGCUGGUACCGACCAGGGCCACAACACCGAUGCCUUCGAUGUCGGCUCUAGCACCUACAUCACCAUUGACGGUGCCACCGUGUACAACCAGGAUGACUGUCUUGCCAUUAACUCUGGAUCGCACAUCACUUUCACCAACGGCUACUGUGACGGUGGUCACGGUCUCUCCAUCGGUUCCGUCGGUGGUCGUAGCGACAACACCGUCGAAGACGUGACCAUCUCCAACUCUAAGGUUGUCAACUCCCAGAACGGUGUCCGUAUCAAGACCGUCUACGAUGCCACCGGCACUGUCUCCAACGUCAAGUUCCAGGAUAUCACCCUUUCCGGUAUUACCAAGUACGGACUCAUCGUUGAGCAGGAUUACGAGAAUGGCAGCCCCACUGGUACCCCUACCAACGGUAUCAAGGUAUCAGACAUCACCUUCGAGAAGGUUACUGGUACCGUCGAGAGCGACGCUACUGAUAUCUACAUUCUCUGUGGAUCUGGCAGCUGCACUGACUGGACCUGGUCUGGUGUCUCCAUCACCGGUGGUAAGACUAGCUCCAAGUGCGAGAACGUUCCUACUGGCGCUUCUUGUUAA